UGAGCAUCCUCCCACGGCGUCUUCCGCGGACGAAUAUCCCACCACUGGCGGGUAUCUCCCAAAUGCAUCUUUGGUGGAGAACUAUCACCCGACAGGAUCUUCGGUACCCGCUGUGGACGAAAUGAGCAUUUCUGUGUCUGGGCAGGCGGAGGGAAAUAUUGGGGUGACCCGCAGGCGCGAAUCUGGAUACGGACAUGGACACUCAGAGUCGGUGUCGACGGUAAGAGGUCUCCCUAUGAGUUCGUCCCACCAAUACCAUGGAUAUGGAGCGCAUUCGGUAUCGAGUGCACCAUCUACGGCUUCGGAGCAGGCUGAGCAGGCUGGCGGGCUGGGGUAUAGCCCUAAUUCUGCUCAGCAUGUUAGUGUCAGCACGGAGUUCGUGCUUCCGACGUUCCAGAGUCGUGUCCAGGGUCAGACGCAGCAACGAGCAGCGAGGAAGGUGCAUCAAUAUCCUCCCCGUCGCGGGCGGAAUCACCGACCGGAACAGGGGUCUGGGUUGCCCCCGUACCCGCAUGGGGCCUCGACAGCACGUGGAAAUGUGUCCCAAAGUGGAAAGGGUCAAGGACAAUCGGCGGGACAACUCCAACCACAAGAAUCUGCCCCCUCUAGGACUCGAAGUGGUAGUGCCACGACAGGCGCGGCGCCCACAACCAGGAAGCGGGCACGAGCCCCUAAACGGUUGAGGGCCGGGUUGACUAGCAACGCCUCUGCUACUUCCGUUCCUAUUGGCGGUGGCGGCGGAGAUAGUGACGACGAUAGCGACGAUGAAGAGGAUUGCGAACCUUCGUCUACCGGUUUUGGAGGACCUGGAGCGAGUAGAGGGCCCGACGCUGGUGCGACCGGAGGGGGACAAGGUAAUACCGGCGGUGAGACGGGGGUAGCUGGACCACGAAAGGCUGGAGCAUGUUCGCACUGCAAACGCCUCAAGGUUUGUGAAUGUUUUACCUUGUGUGUCUUAGGCCGUCGCUUACCACAGCUCUGAUUUGCCCCACUCUCCUUUCUUGAAAAUUUCUUGACAUGUCUCCUUCCGGCUCAUGCUCUCGCCGAAUUCUGGGCGCUGCGCUUCAUUUGAUUGCUUUUUCUUCUCACUUCUGUGGCCUGCGGAUGGUGACUGCGCUGUCACGGCCCGGCCAUCGAAUGUCAAACUGGGAACGUGCUCCCUCUUACUGGUCUCGAUCUGCCCUAUGUGGCUUGGACCCCCUUCGGGCCACGUCGUCUCCGCUUUCCUGAUACGUGGUGG